UUAGUUGACCUACUGGUGGGCCGGACCGGAAUCAAAACAACAUGGCGGCGCCCGAAGGCGUGUGGGGAUAAAGCUGCUCGGACCAAACGCUUUCUGUCUGAGGUUAAAACAAGGGACACGAUGGACAACACAGGAGAGGAAGAACCGGACCCUAUAAAACUCAAGUCCAUCAAGAACAAUAAGACCUUCACAGUGCCUCAAAAUGACAGGUUUGGGAGCUGCAGGAGCGUCAGGGAGUUUGAGAAGCUAAAUCGCAUAGGAGAAGGAACGUACGGCAUAGUGUACCGAGCUCGAGACACAAAGUCGGAUGAGAUUGUGGCUUUGAAGAAGGUCCGAAUGGACAAAGAGAAGGAUGGGAUCCCCAUCAGCAGCCUCCGAGAGAUCAACCUGCUGCUGAGGCUCAGACACUCGAACAUCGUGGAGCUGAAAGAAGUGGUCGUCGGCAGCCAGCUGCAGAGUCUCUUCCUGGUGAUGAGUUACUGUGAACAGGACCUGGCCAGUCUGCUGGAGAACAUGCAGACCCCGUUCUCUGAGGCUCAGGUGAAGUGUAUCGUCCUUCAGCUGCUCAGAGGUUUGGAGUAUCUCCACCAUAACUUCAUCAUUCACAGGGACCUGAAGGUGUCUAAUCUGCUGAUGACAGACAAAGGCUGCGUUAAGAUCGCUGACUUCGGAUUGGCCAGGAUGUACGGCAUCCCCCAGCAGCCCAUGACGCCUCGAGUGGUCACACUGUGGUACAGAGCUCCAGAGCUCCUCCUAGGGACCAAAACACAGACUACAGCUCUGGACAUGUGGGCUGUCGGCUGCAUCUUGGCGGAGCUGCUGGCUCACAAACCUCUGCUGCCGGGGACCUCAGAGAUCCAGCAGGUCGACCUGAUCGUCCAGCUGCUGGGAACUCCGAAUGAAAACAUCUGGCCGGGUUUCUCCCAGCUGCCCCUCAUUGGUCAGUACAGUCUGAGGAAGCAGCCGUACAACAACCUGAAGAACAAAUUCACCUGGCUGUCUGAUGCUGGACACAGACUGCUCAACUUGCUCUUCAUGUACAAUCCAGGGCGCAGAGCUACAGCCAAAGACAGCUUGGAGAGUUCCUACUUCAAAGAGAAACCUCUACCCUGUGAGCCUGAGCUGAUGCCAACAUUCCCCCACCAUCGCAACAAGAGGGCCGCUGCUGCUCAGGCAGAGAGCCACUCGAAGAGGAGCAAAGUGUGAUGAAGGCAGCGACAUGCUGGACUCAACCCUCCAGAGCUCACACUCUCAGGAAGGUGCGCUCCAACGAUGAGUGUUUCUGUUCCCUCUGCACGCACGGAGCAGGAAUGGGCUCAUGAGGAGGUUUUACGUUGGUGUUUGCACUCCAGGGGAACUCAGCUGAAGCAACAAACUGGCACAGAUCAACACCUCGCGGGGCUGCCUACACAGACCUCUGCUCUGUGAUCGAUUGAGAGGCUGUGAUCACAUUCACAACGUGCGAGAGCUUCAUUCACAGCUACACCGGGUGUGUUUAAAGGCCUCUGUGGGUCAGGAGAAACAGGAUUUAAAUAGAAGAAUGUGCCUGUACGAUUCAAAGAGUGAGAGGAGGGAGAAGGAUCUCCUCACAACCAUCACAGCUGGUCUCUGACCAGCUGUGCGCCUAGUCAAAGUGUCCUUCAGAGAGUCUCUGAACCCCUGCUUUUUUACUCCUCGUUAAAGUGUUAGACUGACUUUUAGGAAACCAGAUAAUUUGAUGAUCUUUAAUUUUUAAACUUGGGACAGAAACAUGGAUUUAGAGUACAUUUAUAGUUUGAAAAGAGUUUCCUGACUCAUCCUCUUGUUUUAGAGCUUUGUUGCUGCACCGCUGUUUACAGUCCAGUUCAGGAGCGUCAGCAGGGCCGAUGGUAUCCUUACAAACUGAGUCAAAACCCUGAAUCCAGCUGAUUGUUCUUAGUUUAGAUUUUCAUCCACACAGGUUUACUCUCCUUCAACAAUCAGACUCAGUGAUUUAAAGAGAUUAUAAAACCAUAUAAACUAUUAUACAUCCAAACUCUGUCCCUUUAAAUCUUCUCUGCUGACACAGGACGUCAGGAGGGGCUGCGAGGCAAGCUGCCCAGAGCUCAAAUGUAGAGUCUGAGCUUGUUCUGAGGUCAGGAUUCCCCCAAUAUUCAUCAAUAAGGUCUUUUCUUUUGUCCAACUCCAGUAUGACAAACUUCUCUCCUGUAACUGUGAACCUGUUGAUUAAACACUGAAUGUUUCUCUGCCUGUCAGUGGGGAUUGGGGGCUGUGAGCUGAGCAGUCAUUAACGUUCUUCUGGUGAAGUUUAAAAGAGCGUUAAAGAUACUUGAAACAAUGUGAAAAUAGGGAUUUGGAAUAAGUGAAUAUCUCUCCGACAGCUCAGAGGGCGAUGAUCGUGAAGCCUGUGAUUUGUGUUACCGGAUGUCAACAAAGAAAAAAAAAGGAUCAAUGAUCAAAUACAGCUACAGUAUUUAAAAAGCCUCCGCUUGAACACCCAAAAUAAAUUGCAGAACAAGAGAAGCCUGUCAGUAAAAACCUGAGAUAUAGAACAGAGAGAAGUACACUACCAGCCAAAAGUUUGGACACACCUUCUCAUUCAAUCCUUUAAUUAUUUGAUUUUUAUUUUAAUACUGAAAACAUCAAAACUAUGAAAUGAUCUGGUUUUGCCAAAAUCUGGAUUACAACAGUAGUCAAAUAGGACUUUUGUCCAUUGUGUACUAACCCUACCUCUGAACAACACAACUGAUGGUCUCAAACACAUUAAGAAGGCAAGUCAUUCUACAAAUGAACUCUUGACAAGGCUCAUGUUAAUUAGAAACCAUUCCAGGAGACCACUUCAUGAAGCAGACUGAGAGAAUACCAAGAGUGUGCAAAGCUGUCAUGAAGGAAAAAGGGGGCUACUUUACAGAAUCUAAAAUAUAAAACAGAUUCUGCUUUGUUUAACACUUUUAUUCAUUAAAUAAUUCCAAAUAUGUUCUCUCAUAGUUUUGAUGUCUUCAGUAUUAAUCUACAGUGUUUACAAUCAUUAAAAUAAAUACAAACCCUUGAAUGAGAAGGUGUGUCCAAACUUUUGACUGGUAGUGUAGAUGGAUCGACCAAACUGGGAGAGAAAACUGAAAAGCUACCUGAGAACCUCUUCACACUUCUGAACCAGCAUCAACUGAAUAAAAUAAAACAUGAAACCA